AUGGAGACAGGCGGCAGCAAUGCAUUACUGGAUGAGUCUUUCUUCGGGGGAGAUUCCCUUGCGGGAUCGGGGGCCGGCAGCAACGCGCUGCUGCUGAUGCCGCGCAAGCCCAAGGAGAAGAAGGCAAGCGGUUCUAAGAAGCAACAGCCGCCGCAACAGCAGCAGCAGCAGCAAAAGAAAGCAGGCAGCAGCAGGAAACAAAGAAAGCUGCAGCAACUCUUGAAGAAGCACAAAGACAAAGCCGUUAAGGCGGGGCUGUGCAAGGAGUUGGAGAAGCACGAAUUGACAGCUAUCAUGAAACCAGGAGAAGAAGGCGCUGCAGGCGACGCAGUAGGUGACGAAGGACCAGCAUCAGCAGCAGCAGCAAGCAUCAACAGCGAAGAGGUGCAGCUAGCUAAGACGCAACUGCUGCUGGGAGGGGGGCUGCUGCUGGCAGGCGUAAAGGGCCGGCGGCUGGAGAAGAAGGCGCGGAAAGCUCUGCUUCUGCAGCAGGAGAUGCAACGGAGGCAGCAACAGCUGCAGCAGCAAGGCCAGCUGAAGACUCAGCAGCAAAAACUAAAAAAGGAGGGAGCAGCACAAAAUCUUGAAGGAGAGGCCGUACAGCACCAGCAGAAGCAAGAGCAGCGCCAACAGCAAAAGCAACCCGCUGCUCACCCUGCAGCUGCAGCUGCCAAGCAGGAAGGCCAGCCUGCGCUGCAGCAGAAGCACGAGCAGCAGCAAAAGCAAGAGCAACAGCACAAGCAGGAGCAGCAACGCAAGCAAGAGCAAGUCAACGAGCAGAACCUUAGUAGUGGAGAGCAGCAGUCAGUGAACAGCAAGCUGAAGGACCAAGCGAAGAGCGGCACUGCUGCCGCAGCAGUAGCCAGCAGCAGCAGCAGCAGCAGCAACAGCGUUUCAUCUUCCAAACCCUUGACAAAUGUUAGUGCGUGCAAGCCACCCCCUUCUUCAGCAGCCGAAGGAGCAGCAGAAGGAGGUGCAGCAGCAGCAGCAGAAACAGGCAAAGCAGCAGCAGUAGCAGAAACAGGAGAAGCAGCAGCAGCAGCAACAGCAGCAGGAAAGGCAGCAGCAGGUGGUGUGAAAGGGCGGAAGGCCGCUGAUGAGCUGCCCCGUAUUUCUUUCUCUCCGGAGACAGCGACAGAGUGUCUCCAUCGUACAGCUGCACUUGAAUCAGCAAGGGCUGCAUUGCCUGCUGCUGAGGCGGAAGGGCGCGUGCUGUCUUUUCUGUUGCAGCAGCAGCACCCCACAACGAGGGACGCAGAAGAGUACAGCAGCAGCACGGAUGAAGAUGGGCCCCCCCCCCUUAGCAACCCCCAGAUUCUUACUAGCAAACGAAAAAGAAAAAAGAUACAAGACCGUUCAAAUCAAAGACAUGCAGAUGUACUCUGCGUUGCAGGCGCCACAGGCUCCGGCAAAAGCACCCAAAUACCCCAAUUUGUGUUUGAGUCGGGGAUUUGCUACCCCAAGAUGCUCUUCCACAAGAAGUGCGAGGCUGCUCGCCAGCUGCUGCAGCAGGAGACAGCAGCUGGGGGGCCCCACACGAGCGCCUCCCCUGCCCCUGGAGGGGCCCCCUCAGGAACAGGCGCAGCAGAAGCAGAAGCAGCAGCAGCAGCAGCGCCUGCCAGUGCUGCUGCUCGGUUGGGCCUUGUCUCAGCAGAAGCUACGAAGGAGGGGAUUCUUGUCAAGAGACAAUUGUGCAUCUGCGUCACACAGCCGCGACGAGUUGCUGCUGUCUCCUUGGCCAGAAGGGUGGCGGAGGAGAUGGGGUCUCCUGAGCUCGUGGGGUAUCAGGUACGCCACGACAAACACAAUGUGGGGCCCCACUGCCGCCUCAAGUUUGCUACUGACGGGGUGCUUCUGAGAGAAAUACAAGAGGAUUUCCUUCUUAGGAGGUAUUGCUGCAUUGUAGUAGAUGAGGCGCAUGAACGCAACAUUAACGUCGACUUGUUGUUGGGUUUGUUGUCUCGAGUGGUGGUACUGAGGCGAGACCGAUUCAAAAAAGAAUUAGACACACUGCCGCCGCUCAAAGUGCUGAUAAUGUCAGCUACGCUUAGGGCCACCGACUUCACCGCAAACUCUUUUCUUUUCUCUCCUCCUCCCGCGCUGUUGUCCCUAGAAAGCCGCACCUUUGAGGUGCGCAUACACUUCAGCAAGAAGACACCUGAACGCUAUGUCGAAGCAGCAGUCAAGAAGGCCCUUCAAAUACACACGAGACUGCCCGCGGGCUCUGUGCUCGUGUUCUUAACUGGGAGAGCGGAGGUUUUGGAGGCCGUGAAGAUGCUGCAGGAGUGGCAGCGACGACGGGAGAACAGAAUGCAGAUUUCUGCUGCGGCUGCUGCUGCUGCGGCUUCUGCUGCUGAGAGCGAGUCUCGCGCUGAGGAGACGGCUUCUGAGGCAGAAUUUCUGCUGUCUGAUCAGAGUGAGGACGAUCCGCUACCUUUGGAUCAGCACGCGCCUGCAGACUCUGACAGUGAGGUGUCUGUACACUCGAAAGACAGCGCAACUUCUCACAGCAGCAGGCCACACCGCCCCAACCCAGGGUUGAGCGACAAGCUGCUGGAGUUGGCGUUAGCCAGCGACGCAGAAGACAACGACGAACCUCAAGAGGGGGUCAAGGAGGCGGAAGCAGAAGUUUUAAAAGCCGUACUAUCUGCCUCUCGCUUCUCAACGCAUGUCCAGGGGGAACCGGCGGGGGGGCCCGCCAAACAGCUCUGCGUGGCCACCAGUGGUGCCGAGGCAGGAGGGGGCCCUCAAGGGGACACUGGGGUCUCAGCAUCUACUGAAGGAGACAGUGGAGACAGAGAUAAGGCAGCAAAAAAGCGCAGAAAAGUUGCGGCGCGUGCCAAGUUCUCACGCGAUACUGCGGGGGGUCCUCAAAUGGGUACCGUCGGGGGCCCCCAAGUUGGGCCUCCCGCUGCACCUGCACCUACUGGCGCUGCAGAGGGCGCUGAAGCGUUGCCCGCUGGGUUGAAUGAAGGGCCCUCAUCUGACUCGCUCGUGCACGCAUUUGACUGUCCAGACACCUCAAAGCGUCGCGUCCAGAAGACGGUCUCUGCAGGGGGGUGGCUGGGCGCAGGUGCGCUGCGGCGGCAGAAACCUACUCAGGAGGAGAAGCGACAAAAUAUUAGCACCAGCAGCAGCAGCAAUGGGGAGGCACAGCAGGACCCCACGGACGCCGGUGCACGGAAGACAGAGGAGGCAGAGGAGGAGACACACUUCAUACCCAAACUAACUGUCCUCCCGCUGUACGCAACUCUCCCCAGGGAGCUUCAGCGCCUCGCCUUUGAGCCCCCGGCCCCUGACGAGAGGCGAAUGAUCAUAGCAACAAAUGUGGCAGAAACGUCGCUGACGUUGCCAAAUGUGCGGUAUGUAGUGGACUCGGGGCGAGAGAAGAGGCGCAUUUUUGCCUCGGGCUCGGAGGGCUUUUCUUACUUUACUGUUACCCUCACCACUCAGGCUGCAGCGCAGCAGCGCGCAGGCCGUGCAGGCCGCGUCGGCGCAGGCGUCUGCUACCGCCUCUACUCCUCAGCAGUGUUUCAACAUGAAAUGCAACCCCACCCAUCACCCCAGAUACACACCGUGCCCCUCGACCACUUGCUGCUCUUCAUGGCUGCACUCGGCAUCCCUCGCCCAUCAGCAUUCCCCUUCCCCUCCCCGCCUCCUCUAACAGCUCUCGCGAACGCGCGUCGCCGUUUGGUGGCCUUGGGAGCCCUUGAGCCGAAGAUGAAUGCCUCGGGGCCCCGACGGAAGCAGCAGCAAACCGAGGCUCGCGAGCCUGAAGUCUGCUGUACCCCUCUCGGCCGCCGCAUGAGUGAAGUGCCUAUACCCCCCCGCUUCGCCAAGAUUCUCCUUCUGGCGUGUUCCAGACACAAAGAGCACGGCCCCCAAUUUGUUGCGCUCGCAUGUUACCUGGUGGCUGCGCUCUCUGUUGGGGAAUUACUUCCUUCGUUGCCUCGCGGCGGCGAGGCGCCACAUCUGGCAGGGGACGUGGGGGGCCCUGAAAACCCCCAAGGGGCUUCCAGGGGCCCUGCUAGGAGACCCUGGGAAGAGUACGACAGCGAUCUAGAUGCAUAUAUUUGGCUUUGUGGGGCCUACAGCCACGCGCAGAAUCCAAGAAGCUUCUGCAAAGGUUACGGCCUGGACGCGUCGCGGCUUUCUGAGGUGGCGGCGCUUGCAGCGCAGCUAGCGCAGCUGAUGCGUGGCUUGCUGCAGCAGGCACGGCGAGGAGGGGGACAGGGACGUGCGGGGGAUCCACAGGGUGAUGAGGAUGAUCUAAACGCGUUGCAGGGGCCGCUGCGACUCGAACCCCCCCCACCGGAGGCAAGGCGCUGCCUGCAUGAAUGCGCCGUGCAAGGCCUCAUAGACCACGUAGCCACCUGGCAAGAUCCACCCCGCUUGCCACAGGAUGCAUCCCCAGCCCAGCGCGCUGCAGCUCGCGGGGGCUACCGCUGUGCAGAGCUCAAGGGGGAGUUGGCUCGCGUUCACUGCACCUCUAACAUAUUGCACGUCUCAGCGUUUGUGGACGUUGAUGCAUGCAGCCCUCGCCCCAAACUCCUCGUCUACAACCAGCUGAUUCACGCAGGGCGCGCGGUGCUGCAAGUCUGUCACCCUAUAGACGACGCGCAGCUCAGCGCCAGCGACACGCCACUUAUACAGCACAGCUUUCUGCAGCUGCCAGCCCCAGCGUACGACGCACGCCGAGAUGCAGUUGUGGGGUGGUCGCGGCCCACCUACGGGCCGCUGCAGCUGACGCUGCCGGCCGUGGAGAGGCCUCUUCCCCGCAUACGGGGUGCAGUGGCUUCUCCGCUGUCUCCGCAGCAGCAGCAGCAGCAGCAGCAACUGCACGCGUGCUUUGCUGCAGCGCUUGUCGCGGGAAGAGUUCUUCCUCGUCUUAAGAAGUUCGGGCCUUCGUUGUCUGUAACACCGGAAGGAAUGCUCGUGGGGCAUCAUUCCGGAACCUUCGCUGUGCGGGCGUUUGUGGCGGAGCUGACCAAGAGAGAGGUUGCCUCUCGGGCUGAACUGCUGAAGGUGUGGCAGUCGGAGCCGAAGUUUCUACUGGCGGAGUUCAUUGGGCUGCUGCGCUCAUACAACUACCAGACGCUGCAGGAUGUGCACGAUAUAUGGCCCCCCGUCUGA